AUGAGAAUAGUUUGUUCAGAGGAGUUCAAUAAAUGCUACCAUCUUCGAACUACACUUGGCAAUGGGUUGCUCACACAUCAUCUCCCAGGUGUAUGCAAGGAAAAAAACUCUCUGCUCGUGACUUUAAAAUCACUCAAAGAACAGCAAUUAGUCCGAGGACUAUUGCUGGAUUACUAUCUGUUCCUAGCCAAGGCUUAUACUGCAUAUAAAUCAAACCCCUCAGAGGCAUACACAAUGAUAGGAUUAACAAAUCUGUUUGAACCCGAGUUUCCUGAUAGAUUAACACAAUACUGGUCUGACGGAAGUCCGCUCACCUUUUCGGCUUGGGAUGAAGGUGAGCCGGCAAAUAUUGCAGAUAGAGAGUUCACUUCUAUGGCUAUAUCCAAACUAGAGAAAGAGAACACGUGGAAAACUUUAUUAUAUUGGUAUUUCUUGCCUGGUGACAAUGACAUAUUUGUCUUUGCUUGCGAAAGUAAGCUCAGAAAUCCAGAGAAAGAUUCCAGCAUUGAAAGUACUCUGAGUAAUGAAAGUUUCCAAACAUGGGAUGUACAUAAUCAUACACUAUUUCAUUGUAAGAGUGGAGAAUUUAUGUCCAAUUUAGUGCUUUGUAACGGUGUGAUAGAGUGCUCGGAUGCAUCAGAUGAACAAGAUUGCAUUCAAUCUGGUGCCUGCAAAGAAGACGAAUUUCAAUGUCAAGAUGGUGAGUGUAUUCAUGUCAGUCAAGUGUGCGAUUUCAUUGAAGACUGCAGAAGAGCUGAAGAUGAGUUUUGCGGUCAUUGUGUGGAAGACACCUUCAAAUGUGGUGACAAUACUUGUAUUCCAAACUCUCGUGUUUGUGAUAUGUAUGAGGAUUGUAAAGAUGGUUCUGAUGAAAGAUCGUGUCAAUGGAAAUACUCCACGUGCGAAGAUUUAUGGGAAGGCGAUAAUGAAAUAUACGUUUAUUGUGGCUUUGACUUUUUACUCACCAAUGAGUCUUUAUCAAUAACAAUGAUUUACCUGAACUCUGACUGGAAACAAGCUUCAGAUAAAGAUUUCAAAAUUACAACACCAGGUGUUGAAACAGCGUUAAAUGCUAACUUUACAUGUACUCAAAAGUUUACCGAACUUCCACAUAGAGACAGAAUCAAAGUUAUGAGGUUGGAUAAUCAUUCUGUUGAAUUUAAAGAGUUAGAAUACAUGCUCAGUUUAGAUAGUGAUGUGUCCGAAAAUAAUACAGAUAGAUCAGUUGAUGCUUCUUUUUCUGUGACACAAACAAUACGGGACAGAACACAUAUCUUUUCUCUACUAAUAGGGAGCAGUUUUAAACAUUCCGAAAACAGAUUGUCAAUUGGAUCUGUUGUUUGUACGAAAGAUGUCGCCAUGGCAACAAAGAAAAUAUCAUGCCGUAAUGGUGUUAAUGCUGUAGACGCCAGUCAGAAGUGUUUGUAUGAAAAGGAUCCUGAUGGUAAAAUAGUUGGCUGCAGAUCUUUCAACCAUCUGCAACAUUGCGAAAAUUUCACUUGCCCAGACAAUUUCUUUAAAUGCCCGUUGAGCUACUGUGUGCCACUUAAUUACGUUUGUAACGGUCAAAGUGAUUGCGCCGACGGAUCAGAUGAGCACAACUGUGAUUGCAAUGAAAAAGAGAAGCGGUACAUAAUUAUUUCAUGUCCACACUAUGUCAACGACUAUACAUUUACGCAUCUAAAUAUGGCUAUGAGCUUAGGAGGUGUGUUGCAUACAUCGAACAGCACAGUUAAAGUGUUGGCAUAUAUGGAAUUUGAUAGGCAAGAAUCAAUUUUUGAUAUUUACUCUAACAGCGGAUUUUGGACCACACCAACGACGGAGAUCUAUUUUGCUAAUACAUCGACAGCACCUUCACUUUCUCAAAUUUUAGAAAAUACAUCAGGUGAAUUAAAAUCAGUCAUUCGAAUAUCUGAUGGUGUAGACAAAUUUUUAGAAGACAGUUUAUAUGCAUAUCCUGACAAAUAUACCGACGACAUUGAAUGGUACAAACUUGUUCAUGACGAAGAAAUGAACACCAGUUUGUCAAUUUAUGAAGAUACGAAUAUAACAACAAUAAAAAUCAGACAUAGAAAUAUGAUUACCAACCUAGGAUCGACUUUAUUUCCAGGACUCUGCAAAGAGUCAUCAUAUGCUUGUAAGGGAAACUAUCGGUGUCGCAUGAGUCGAGUUUGUAUUCCACUUGUACAAGUUUGCGACGGAAUUAAACAUUGCCCGUAUAGUGAUGAUGAAAAACAUUGUGAACUACAAUGUCCACGUGGUUGUAUUUGUAGCAUUGCAGUCGUAAAUUGUUCAGGAGCUGACAAAUCAGUUAAGAAAAUAGAAAUUGGAGUAUCAACAAGAAUAUUAGAUGUCAGUAAUACCAUACAUCUAGGCAAAUAUGUCUUGAAAACUGCAAUAUCUUCCCCAUUUUUACUGUUUUUAAAUCUAUCUAUGUCUAAUUUGGAAGAAGUCGAUUCGGAAUCCUUUAUUUAUUUCAAAAAUCUUCUUACACUUGAUUUAAGCUAUAAUGUUUUGAGAGUAUUGCAAAGAAAUACCUUCUUAAAAUUAAAACAUCUAAGAAACUUGAUUCUUAAAGGCAAUCAACGAUUUUUAAGAUUAGCACCAGGCGCAUUUAGAGGACUACAAAUAAAAACAUUAAGUAUAAAUGAAGCAGGUAUUGUUGCUUUGGAGGAAAAUACAUUUGAAGGAUUAAAUCUCUCAGUUCUAGAUAUUUCAAAUAACGAAAUACAGGAAAUUCAAGAUUUCAGCUUUGCUGGACUUCAUGCAAACACUCUUAUUAUCAACAACAAUCCGAUUAUAGAUUUCGGAAAAGGCCUCUUUGCUGGAGUGGAUGGUGUGGUGAUGUUAAAGACUCCAGCGUAUAAAUUUUGUUGCUUAAGACCUAUUUAUGUAGAGGAAAGCAGCUGUUUUCCGUACAAAGACGAGUUUUCCUCAUGUGAAGACCUAAUGCGCAGAACUGUAUUGCGCGUACUUCUUUGGAUUAUUGGAUUAUUAGCAUUAUCUGGAAACGUAUUUUCUUUAGUCUACCGACUUUUUCAUGAUGGAAAAAGGCUUAAACUAGGCUACGGGAUAUUUGUAACAAAUCUGGCUGCUGCUGACCUGCUAAUGGGUAUAUAUAUGUUAACAAUUGCCGUCGCUGAUCAGGUUUUCCGGAAUAGAUAUAUAGAAGUAGACGAACAUUGGCGAAACAGUGCAUGGUGUAAAUUUGCUGGAAUCUUGUCCACCACAUCUUCAGAAGCUAGCGUCCUAUUCAUGUGUCUCAUAACGUUAGAUAGAAUAUUGGUCGUCAGGUUUCCAUUUGGACAAGUCCGAUUCAGUACAUUGUCAGCAACACUUGUUUCGGCUGCGUGUUGGUUUUUUGCACUUAUGAUUGCUUUUCUGCCAGAAAUCUACAAAGACUAUUUUAAAGGAAAAUUUUACAGCAAGACAGCUGUUUGCCUUGCCUUACCGUUAACAGAUGAAAGAUCCCCUGGCUGGUUAUACUCUAUUUCCAUAUUCAUUGGGCUCAACCUAGUGAUGUUUGUCUUAAUAGCCAUCGGUCAGUUGAUGAUUUAUAUAGAAAUGAAACAACACGCAUCUGUUCAAGUAAAAAAGGUUUCAAGAGCAAAUGACUUGAAAGUUGCGAGGAAUUUACUUCUUGUUGUUGCCACCGACUUUCUCUGCUGGUUCCCAAUUGGUAUAAUGGGUAUCCUGGCAUUUCGUGGCUUUGUCAUUCCUAGCGAAGUUUAUGCCUGGACAGCUGUUCUGGUAUUACCAAUUAAUUCAGCUUUAAAUCCGUUUAUGUACACAUUAUCAGCUAUUAUUGGACAAAAGAAAUUCAACCCUAACAUUGCGGAACAAACACGAUCUUGUGAAGAUAUUUCUCGGUCGAUACUUGGAUUACACAAGUACAUUUCCAUAUCAAGAAAAGAAGAAAUCAAAACCUUUCAGCCGCUAUCGUAUAUUCAACGUAAAAAGAAGCUACAAGUAAAACAGUUAAUUGCCAUAGUCUACCAUAUCGUCAAAUUUGGAGACCUACUACACGACAACAGCUUAAUUUUGAAAACAAUUUCGGAAGAUGACAUCCUCAUUCAAACGCAGAUGACACAACAGAUCGACAAAAGCAUCUGUAUUUUGACGAAGCCUGUCAUUUGUGAAAAUAAGGCAGACUUUCAUGAAGACAUGUAUAAAGUUGGAUUACUGAUAAGAGGGUUGCUUUACAUGUUGCUGCGAAAAAACACUUAGAUUGAAAAUGGGUAUUUUCAUAGUGUUAUGUCUGCAAGAGCAUUGACGUCCAACAAACAUAAAUGAGCCGCGUCAUGACAAAACCAACAUAAUGGGUUUGCGACCAGCAUGGAUCCAGAAUAGCCUGCGCAUUUGCGCAGUCUGAUCAGGAUCCAUGCUGUUCGCUUACAAACCCUAUUACAAGUAGAGAAACUGAUAGCGAACAGCAUGGAUCCUGAUCAGACUGUGCGGAGGCGCAGGCUGGUCUGGAUCCAUGCCGGUUGCAAACCGACUAUGUUGGUUUUGUCGUGACGCGGCUCAAAUAAAUCGCCGUUGAGUACUAAUUAUCAUAACUACUAGUAUAUAGUCAGACUAUCCGUUACUAUAUAUGUAGAACUAUGUGUCGUCUGGUAUAUUCAUUUGUAUUAUCUAUAUAUUCAUUUGUAUUUGAACAGAACAGUAAUGUUCCUUUACAUCUCUUUUGUUGUCAUGUGUUGUUUUUAUCUUGAAACAAAUGUUGAUCCUGCAGGUUUCUAACUUUCAAUUUUUUUCAGUAGAUAAACAUAUUUAUUAUUUUUCAAUGUGUUUAAACAUCUGUAAUAACCAAUGUUUGCAACUUUACAAGUAUAUUUAUGUUCGAGUAACAAAUAACGAGCCGUUUUCUUUCUUCACAAUCAAUGAUGCCUAAAAUACUUAUUGCAGCCACGUCUCAAUAUCUAUCAUAUACCUCGAUAAAACUUAUAUUGGAACCUUUUUUCGGAACCCAUAUGCUUAGUAAAAGACUAGUUCAUGUUAAAUAAAGAUUAGAUUUUUUUAUUAGAAAUAAGAUGCUGGUAUUUGACCGAACAAUUGUGAUGAACUUGCAGUAAGCAAACGCAAAAUUUUGUGACAUUGGAUGCGUAUGGAAAUAGCUUUAUUCGUCGCCCGAUGGUAUAUAACAUGUAUAGUCCGUACAUACUACAUUAUCUAACUGUAAAACUCCAUUAUACUUUACAUAUAUUAAUUCUGAAAGAUUGUAGAAUAAUCCACGAGAGUAACAUUAAAUUAUAAAAUAAAUAGUGUUUAUCAUUUUCAAUAAAACCUAUUGUGUGGUGUAUAACAUGCAGUGUAUAACAUGCUUUGUCCAUCUUUAUUAUGAUUAUGAUUCGAUAAUAGCUGGGAUAAUAUAAAUAGGCUCAACAGAUUUUGUUUUAGCUUUGAUUUAUCAAUAUUUUCAAUGAAUUUGAUAACAGCCAGAAGUCGACAGUUAACAUGUCGAGCCCACUAGCUCGAUCAGUGGGGGUAAACCACUGUGACCAUGA